UUAAGAUACAAGACUGAUUACUUUAGUAACAUGAUUAAUUUAUUUGGCAUGACAAACAUUUUUUGGCUCUGGUUUGCUUAUCACUCUCCAUGUGCUUGAGUCCAUGAUGGAUUCCAUAAUGUGAGCUAUACUUUCUUAACUUGUGGUCACAUGACUACUUUUGUUCAUGGUUACCUAGAUACAGGAAAUGACUCAUCUUUUCCACUGGCUUGCUGCACUCUGUUCUCCCCUAUGCUAUUGUUUAUGUAGAUUUCAGUGUUUUUACAGAUGUUAGAUGUUAGUACAGAUGUAAUGCUUUCAUUGAAUGAUAGGCUAAUAAAUAUCACUUAUAUCACACAUUUUCUCUCUAUCUGUCCACCUUCCACAGCUUUGAAAUGUGUGGUAUAUGGGCUUUAUUUGGCAGUGAUGAGUGCCUGUCAGUUCAGUGCACCAGUGCCAUGAAGAUAGCUCACAGGGGCCCUGACGCCUUCCGCUUUGAGAAUGUCAGUGGCUUCACCAACUGCUGUUUCGGCUUCCACCGGCUGGCUAUAGUGGACCAGCUGUAUGGCAUGCAGCCCCUGCGCAUCAAAAAGUUUCCUUUCCUGUGGCUUUGCUACAACGGAGAGAUUUACAAUCACCACACGCUGAAAGCAGAGUUUGCAUUUGAAUAUCAGACAGAAGUGGACGGUGAGGUUCUGCUCCAUCUUUAUGACCGUUUUGGCAUCCAGAAGAUGGCCUCUCUCCUCGAUGGCGUCUUUGCUUUUGUCCUGCUGGACACUGCCAACAGGAAAGUGUUUCUGGGAAGGGACACGUAUGGUGUCAGGCCUUUGUUCAAGUUCCUCACAGACGAUGGAUUCCUUGCAGUCUGCUCAGAAGCCAAAGGCCUCACUGACAUUACCCAUUCCAUGUCCACCCCAGCCAACAUUGUUCCUUUUCUUCCUGGGCACUUUGAGGUCUUCAGUUUGGAGCAGAAUGGUAAAGUGCAGUCCAUUCAAAUGGAUCAGUUCCACUGCUGCACAAAAGAACCCUCUCAUGCCAUCUACGAUACUGUGGAGAGACUCCCCUCAGGUUUUGAUGAAGAAACAGUGAAAAGCAACAUCAGAACCCUGUUUGAGAACGCUGUAAGGAAACGCCUCAUGGCCCACAGGAGAAUUGGUUGUCUUCUGUCAGGUGGACUGGACUCCAGCUUGGUUGCAGCUACUCUGGUGAAAUUGGCAAAGGAGGAAAAGCUGCAAUACCCUAUCCAGACAUUUUCAAUUGGGGCAGAGGACAGCCCGGACAUCAUCGCUGCCCGCAAGGUGGCAGCUCACAUCAACAGCGAACACCACGAGGUGAACUUCACCACUGAGGAAGGCAUCCGAGCCGUGGAGGAAGUCAUCUUCCACCUGGAGACCUAUGACAUUACCACCAUACGUGCCUCUGUUGCCAUGUACUUGGUCUCAAAGUACAUCCGGGAGAAGACGGACAGUGUGGUGAUCUUUUCUGGAGAGGGCUCAGAUGAACUAACCCAGGGAUACAUUUACUUCCACAAGGCUCCAAGUUGUAAAGCAGCUGCGGAGGACAGCGUUCGGCUAAUGAAGGAACUCUACUUGUUUGAUGUCCUUCGUGCCGAUCGCACCACUGCUGCACAUGGUCUGGAGCUCAGAGUGCCUUUCCUGGAUCACAGAUUCACAGCGUACUACCUUUCCUUGCCUGAGGAGAUGAGAAGUCCUAAGCAUGGAGUGGAGAAGCACCUUCUGAGGGACUCCUUCAAAGGUCUGAACCUAAUUCCUGAUGAGAUCCUGUGGAGGCGGAAAGAAGCCUUCAGUGAUGGCCUGAUGUCAAUAAAGAAGUCCUGGUAUACCAGCCUGCAGGAGCACCUGGAGUCUGAGGUGAAUGACCUCCAGCUGGAGAAAGCUCACAAGACAUUCCCCCACAACCCUCCAUCUACCAAAGAGGCUUACUACUUCAGGCAGGUGUUUGAGAAGUUCUUCCCAGGCCGGGCCACCUGGCUCUCUCACUACUGGAUGCCACGUUGGAUCGACGCAACGGACCCAUCAGCUCGGACCCUGUCCAUCUACAAACCUGACAAAGACCAGUGAUGGACUGGAGCGACCGUGAGAGGUUGACUGCCUGUGUGCCUGUACCUGAUGUCAGUCACCAGUAAAGUAGCCACCUUAGCAACCUUAGCUGUACUUUUUUUUUUUUUUUUUUUUUUUUACUUAAAUGGAGCUCAAGCAUAGCAAUACUUCCAAUCCAAUCCAAUCCACUUUAUUUAUAUAGCACGAUUUUAACAAACACAAGGUUUUCCAAAGUGCUGCACAGCAAGAUAAAACAUAACUAGAUAACACAAUAGAACCACAAUAAAAAGGUGAGGUACACAAUAGGAUAAAAUAAUAAAAUAAAAUAAAAUAAUUUAAAAUAAUUUA